AUCACGCGUGAGAACUUUUUUACACGUGGUAACUCGUGAAGAUUGAUUCGACAAGUAUGAAUAUGAGAUUUAUUCAGUAGUUUCUCAGGCAAGUUAGCUCAAUAGUAGUAUCGUAGAUUUCUAAUCCAAAGUACCCUGAUUCGCCUCUUAGUUUGUGGUGAUAUAUAUAAAAUGUGAUAUUUUAGAAACUAGUGGUCAUACGUGGAAAAAGUUAUUGAUGAAGUUGCAUUGAUGAAGACUGCAUUAUACCUUGACCAUGGUGACCAUCUAUAGUCAGUUGACUAUAGAUGGUCGGCAUGGUCAAGAUUUUUCACACGUAAUCACGCGUGAAGAUUGUUCACUUGUGUACACGCGUGAAGAUUUUUCACGUGUGGCCGCGCGUGUGAUGUUGUAACAACACGACCAAACCGUCGUGAAACUUCCUGUCUUUACCUACAAAAUUUCGUGGAAGUCCAAGUUGACAUUUCACGAUCCCUCACGCGUGAAAAGUCAAUAAAAUUUCCCCAUGGGAGAUGAUUAGUAUAGAACGUUAUCGAUAUAGUCUUUUUCUAUUGAACAAUAUUUUCUAUUUAAUUAUAUUUCUAGAAUAGUGUAAAUGUUGAUGACAUAGUGGACAAUGAUGCUGUUUCUAUAUUUGAUUACUUUUUUAAUUGUUUAAAUUCAAAAUCAUCAGUUGUACGGUUAAAUGUUUGGCAAUGUUUACAUUUGAUUGUUGAUGAUAUUUCAUCAACAGUACCAUUUUCAUUUUCAUCAUUAACUACCUCAAAUGAUUGUGUUUAUAUUGAAAAAUGUUUAACCAUAAUAAAAACAUUUAAAUAUUUUCAAACAAAGUUAUCACCAUUAAUAAAACGUUCACUAGUGAAAGUCUGUCAUCUAGAAACAAAUGUCUUGUAUUUACAUCAGUAUACAUUAUUUAUCAUUGAAAACAGUGGUUCAGAUGAUUAUGAUGUAUUAUGUGAUUUAUCUUUAGCAUUUAUUAAACGACACAACAUAUUAUUAUCAUUAUUAGAGCUGGAUAAGGAGAAACAAUAUGAGUUAACGAUUGUACUAUUCGAAUUUGUUUCAAUGUAUCUAUUGAAAAUGUUUGAACAAUCCAUAUUAGAUGAUUCAUUGAAAAUUGACAAAAAUAACACAAUACCCACAACAAUAUCAACGUUCCCAUCAUCAUCAUCAUCCAAAUGUUAUUUAUCAUUAUCUGUUGAAUCAACAUCAGUUUUAUAUAAUAUUUAUUUAACUUUCAAAACAAAAUAUUCUGUUAAUGAUUUUUCCGUAAAUAUUUCACAAAAUGAUGAUACAUUACCAAAAUCUUGUCAUAUUAGAAUAGAAUCAUGCAUUAUUGAAUUUUUAAUUAUUUUUUUAUCUAAUUUUGAUUUUGAUAUUAAAAAUGAUAAUAUACAAACAGCUCAAGGAUUAAAACACUUAUUUUUUCCCUCAACAAUAUCAACACUACCGCCAUGUUUUACAUCUAUCAAACAGACAAUAGCACAAAUACCCAUUAAACAAAAUGAACAGCAGACUACAGGAACCAUGGUGGAUGAUGAUGAGAAUCAUUUUUACCCAUUUCCGAUAAAUGACAAUAAUACGUCCAUAGAUACGCCAACGACAACAACAACAACAGAAAUCACUCGUAAACGCCAUCGUUCAUCAUCUCCCGUUCGUUCGUCAAAAUAUUUAGUUACAUCAUCAAUUGUACACAAUACAAUUGAAUCUCAACAAAAUAUAUUUAUGUCAAAUGAUGUUCAACAUUUUAUUUAUAAAUCAAAAAAUAGCGAAUUUGUUAAAAUAUUUGUACAACAUGCCAACAUUGAUACGUGUUUGAAAUUAAUUAAAACAUUUAAUGUACCAUAUGAAAAUAUUCGUUAUGUUUGUUCGAAAUUAGAUUCUUUACUAAAUGAAUCGAAUUUAUCUUUAAAAGAGUUAAAUUAUUUGAUUAAACAAUCAUCAUUUUUAUUACCGAUUAUCAAUGCUUGGAUUAAUGAACAAAUGGCAGAGGCUAUAAAAUUAGGUCAAACAUUAACAAAAAUAAUUGAAAAAAAGAAAUUGAAGUGA